GCCCCGCUCAAAGAUGGCGGCUGCAGCGACACUCGCCCAGGUUCCCUGACCACCCGUAACCAAUAGCGCCGCGAGGCUCGGGUGACUCACUGGGGCUGCUUAUGCACGACGGUCUAUGAUGCAACGUUGGAGUCGAGGAAGCCACCGGCGCACGUUGUAGUGACAAGGCGGGGGCGUGUUGGGAGACUACUAUGUCCUUGGAGGUGACCCGGGCGACCGCAGGGAUGGUACUAGCAGAGCUGUAUGUCUCGGAUCGAGAGGGAAAUGAUGCCACGGGUGAUGGAACCAAGGAGAAACCUUUUAAAACAGGUCUAAAGGCUUUGAUGACAGUAGGAAAAGAACCGUUUCCUACCAUUUACGUAGAUUCACAAAAAGAAAAUGAGAGGUGGGAUGUUAUUUCUAAAUCACAGAUGAAGAACAUUAAAAAGAUAUGGCAUCGGGAACAAAUGAAGAGUGAAUCUCGGGAAAAGAAAGAGGCAGAAGACAAUUUGAGAAGAGAAAAGAACCUAGAAGAAGCAAAGAAGAUUACCAUUAAAAAUGAUUCAAGUCUUCCAGAGCCAAAAUGUGUGAAGAUUCACGCAUUAGAAGGAUACAGAGGCCAAAGAAUAAAGGUGUUUGGCUGGGUCCACAGGCUGCGUAGGCAAGGAAAGAAUUUAAUGUUUCUGGUGUUGCGGGACGGUACUGGGUAUCUUCAGUGUGUCUUGUCAGAUGAUUUGUGUCAGUGUUACAAUGGAGUAGUCUUGUCCACUGAAAGUAGUGUUGCAGUGUAUGGGAUGCUGACUCUUACCCCAAAGGGCAAGCAGGCCCCGGGAGGCCAUGAGCUGAAUUGUGACUUCUGGGAACUGAUCGGGUUGGCCCCCGCUGGAGGAGCUGAUAACUUGAUCAACGAAGAGUCGGACGUUGACGUCCAGCUCAACAACAGACACAUGAUGAUCCGAGGAGAAAACAUGUCCAAAAUCAUGAAAGCACGUUCUGUGGUCACCAGGUGCUUUAGAGAUCACUUCUUUGACAGGGGGUACUGUGAAGUUACUCCUCCAACAUUAGUGCAAACACAAGUGGAAGGUGGUGCUACACUCUUCAAGCUCGACUAUUUUGGGGAAGAGGCAUUUUUGACUCAGUCCUCUCAGUUGUACCUGGAGACCUGCAUUCCAGCUCUGGGAGAUGUUUUUUGUAUUGCACAGUCAUACAGGGCAGAACAAUCCAGGACCCGAAGGCACCUGGCUGAAUACACUCACGUGGAAGCGGAAUGCCCUUUUCUGACCUUUGAGGAGCUCCUGAACCGAUUGGAGGACUUGGUUUGUGACGUGGUAGAUAGAGUCUUGAAAUCACCCGCAGCAAGUAUCGUGUAUGACCUCAACCCGAACUUUAAGCCUCCCAAACGGCCUUUCAAACGGAUGAACUAUUCAGAUGCAAUUGUGUGGCUAAAAGAACACAAUAUAAAGAAAGAAGAUGGAACUUUCUAUGAAUUUGGAGAGGAUAUCCCAGAAGCUCCUGAGAGACUGAUGACAGACACCAUUAAUGAGCCAAUCUUGCUGUGUCGAUUUCCUGUAGAGAUCAAGUCCUUCUAUAUGCAGCGAUGUCCUGAGGAUUCCCGCCUUACUGAAUCUGUUGAUGUGUUGAUGCCUAAUGUUGGUGAGAUUGUGGGAGGCUCAAUGCGCAUCUGGGAUGGUGAAGAGAUGCUGGCAGGUUAUAAAAGGGAAGGAAUUGACCCCACGCCCUAUUACUGGUACACCGAUCAGAGAAAAUAUGGCACUUGUCCUCAUGGAGGAUAUGGCUUGGGCCUGGAACGAUUCUUAACCUGGAUUCUGAAUAGGUAUCACAUCCGAGAUGUAUGCCUAUACCCUCGCUUUGUCCAGCGCUGCAAGCCAUAACCGGUUCCUCCUGAAGAUGUAAGGAAAGAAUACGGUUUGUGAGAGCAACAGACUGCCUCUUUCAAAAGAACAAAAAGCCAAGAUCUUCCCGUUUUUUAUUCCACUGGGGUAUAGCUGGUUCUGUUUUCUCUUUUUGUUUCCUAUUCCUGCUAUCACAAAAACCAAUCCAAAUCACUUGAACAUCACUUUAAAUGACAUUGAUGUCAUUUAAAGAAAAAAUAUCCAUUACAAAAUUUGGGAUAAAUGUGUGAUAUGUAACUCUGCAGUUACAAAUACAUUUCAGCAUUUUAUCUAAUUAUAGUUUAUAUCUUUGCGCCAUACAUACCAUAAAUAAUUUAGCAGUUUUUAAUUAUGGUCUAAGACAUUCCAGUUACUCAAUCUUUCUGUCCUUUUAAGUAAACUGAAAUUUAAUUUGUAUCAUUUUAUUGUAUCAAUGAGUUAAAACAAACAUCUUUGGGGAAAAUUGACAAUAUGUUAUAAAAAUCUAGUCCUAGAACAGUAUAAUUCAACAGUAGAUAUUGGAAUUAAAUGAAUUGUCUCUUGCAUUAGUUCUUAAUCUUUUCUAAAUCUGUGUAGCUGCUUAUAAUUCUGAGGCAUACGAAUUGAUAUGGAAGAAUUUGUAAAAAUGGAAUUGCCUUAAACAAUUUGUUUUCAGCACUUCAGUGGAGAGCAUCCUUACUAGCAAUUUAAGCUAAAGAGGCAGACUGAUCUUUGCUCUUUCCUAAAUAAUUAAGAAUAAAUAAGUUCCAAAAGAAUUUACAGCUAGAAUCUUAAUGACAACUGUAAGUGACUGAGUUGUCCCCACUGUGUCCUCAGAUCUAAUCUGUGCUACCUUAUUAACUAUCAGCAGGCUUAUUGAAUGGCUUCAUUUCAGAUUUGGUUAAUUUCUCCCCAAAAAUGCAUGUCAUGUAUACUCAAUAGGCUGUAUUCCCAGCAAUCAAUAAAUGGGCACACAUAAAAACC